GCUUCCUCCGAGCUUUUUCCUCUCUCCUUCUUCCUCUUCUCUUUCCCUUCACUUUUUCUUCCCUCCUCCCUUCAUUCUCAUCCCGUGUACAAUAGUCCGUCCUUUGCCUUCUGAUCUUUCUCCUUCUCCUUCUCCUUCUUCUUCUUUCUGCUCCUGUUUAGCUUGCAUUCUUUAAUUGAUUGCGCCGAGUCUGGGUCGUUACCUUCACUCCCGCUCUCUCUCUCUUGCUUUGCUGGCUCUCGAAAGAGAGCUACUCCUGAUCUACCUCGGAGCUUGAAUUUUCGUUGGAGGUCGCCCCAUCUAUCGGCGAGUGACAGAAAUGUCCACCCCCAAUGAUCUUCAGGCCCUCUUGGCCAGCAUCAGGCCCCGCCCUUCGCCUUCGGGCACCCCUGCUCAUGAUGCCUCCAUGCCGCCGUAUCCUAUGCAGUACCAGCAGGGUUACCGUCAGCAGCAUCCGCAGCAGCAUCAGCCGCCUUACGAUGGCCAGAGCUAUCCUCACCCGCAGCUGCAGCAACAGCAGCAGCAGCAGCAGCUUCAUGGUUACCGCCACCCGUCGGUUUCAUCGAACAUUCACAGCCCGUCGCCUUCCGUGAAUACUCCUCCUCACCACGGCUCGGAUAUUCUUAGUCCCAAUGUUCCGACCCCCCGUGGUGAUAUGUACUUCCAUCAACCUCCGCCGUCCCAGCAGCAACAACAGCAACAGCAUCACCAGCCGUUGCCUCAUAAUCCCGACCGUGCGGUCAAUUUGUUGAACCUGCUCAAGUUUAACCAGCCUACCACUCCUGCUCCCCAGCAGCAACAGACUCUGGUUCCUGGCGCUGAACAGCCCAGUUACCUACAGCCUCGUGCACCUGGCCUCGAGGAGCAGUCGAAGGUUCACGCGAGAAACAUCUCCGCCUCGGAUCUGGUUGCGUCGCUCUUUGGUGGCCAAGGUCAAGGUGCUGCGGCCGCUGCGGUUAGACCUUCGGGUUCGAUCUCCGGUCCAGCUGGUGCUGGCGAGAGCUCCACGUCUGCUGCUCCGACCGCUGAUAACACCCAGGAGAUGUUACUGCGUCUUUUGAACCGUUCUAAACCUAGCCAGGACGUCUCGGAUGGAACCGUGAAGGCUGUUUCUCAGUCUCCUUCUAUGGUCUCAUCCCAGAAGUCUCCUGUCCCCGAGGCAGAACUGAGUAAUAUUCUCAAGUCUCCCAUUCAGGAGCCGGAGGAGUCUCUGGUGUCCCCCGACGAGGCUGGACCUUCCAAGCUUGACAGACCUUCUGCGGGCAAGGACUCGAUGUUCACUUAUGUCAACCCGUUUGAGCAGCUGGCUGCCGCAUCUCCUCGAAAGAUCACUCCUCAACCCAAGUCUCGGAGCGAGAGUCCCGCUAUUGAGAUCAUGAAGAGCAAGAAGAUCACCAUCGCCACCAAGGUCGAACCGUCUUCAGCUUCCGAGGCCGUUGAGACCCCGCAGACUGAAGGCCCCAAAUCGCCCAUUUUGGCCGAUGAGCAGAGAGAAGCCGUCAAUUCGGUUGUCGAACGUCUUGUCGACGAGAUUGGUCGCGAGAUCGACAACGCUGCCACCAAGUCGACCGAAGAAAAGAUUUCCCAGGCCGUUGCUACUGAGGAGGACAGUACUCAAGCUGUGAUUUCUUCCAUCGCCGGUCACCUCCAGGAGACGGCCGUAGAAGCCAAGGCUGAGGACAACACGGACAAGAAUUCCGCUGAAGGAACUGCCACUCCCGCUGCUGUGAAGGAGACUUCCAACAAUAGCAGCGGAGAUGCUUUGGCAGACAGCUGGGAGAGCGCUGAAGACAGUGCUGAAAAAGAAGAAGAACGCAUUGUGUCUGUGCACAAUUUCCCUCUCAAACCGUUCAUCUCCAUCAUCGUCAAAGCUCACUCAGGGAAGCUUGCAACCCUCCGUGAUGACGGUAUUAUGGACAUUGCUCGGCUUAAGAAGGAUUUCGACCAAUUGGAUCGCUCUUUGACGUCCGCAACAUCGGACUACAUUGUGUACGCUCUGGCGAAGAACGGCGGUAUGCGUAUCAUUCGUCAGGAUGAUGGAAGCGAUAAGCAAAUCUUCCGUUCUACCCGCGACCGCGUCUUUAACGUCGCCGUCUGCACCUCACAGGCCGCCACCGGCCGUACCACCGAGGAGCAGGCCAUCUUGGGCAUCGGCGUCAGUGGGACUGUGUACUGGGCGUUGAUUUCACGCGCAGACAAGGACCUCUUUGAGCUUGAUGCCCUCGAGAGCGAAAGCCUUAUCUUCCCGCCUUUCCCUGCUUCAGACGAGAACACUUCGGGUGGCCAGCUGAAAACGCGGGCCAAACGAAGCUCUCGUCACCCUGGAUUCUUCGCCAUUGGUCGUGGCAAGAAUAUCUACGUGGUGUCUCCUCAAGCUGCUAUGAAUGCUACUUACGGUGUGUCUGGACCUCAGCGCGUCGUCAACACGGAAAAAUUCUUCAAGGAACGUGCUCUGAAGAUCUCUACCGGCAAGGCUGGCAAAGAUUUCAUGUUCAGCGACGAUGACACAGUCAUCGCCUCCCUCGACAAGACGGGUCGCUUACGUUUUUGGGAUAUUCGCGAGGUAGUCAACAACCCAGGGUUCUUUGGCUCUGGGCCCAACCCGGCCGAGGUUCGCGUUCCCUUGAACACCUUUGUCACUGGUUCCCCCGCAGAAAAGUCGUGGCCAACCUCAGUCCUCUUCAUCGACAAGCUGCGUCCUUAUGUCAAAUCCAUGGCACUUCGUUACGUUCUGGUGGGCUUGAAGCAGAACCACACCCUACAGCUCUGGGAUAUUGGGCUAGGUAAGGCUGUGCAGGAGCUCAAGUUCCCUCACGAGAACGAGUCGGACGCCAUCUGCAGCGUCGCCUAUCACCCUGCUUCGGGCAUCAUCGUUGUCGGUCACCCAACCCGCAACUCCAUUUACUUCGUUCACCUUUCUGCCCCUCGGUACAACCUGCAGGCGAUGUCGCAGGCCUCCUUCAUCAAGCGCUCUGGUGAGAAGGACAGCACUCUUCCCAAACCCGAGUCUACUGCUUGCAUGAGCGGCAUUCGUGAGAUCUCUUUCGCUUCCAAGGGUCAGCUGCGGAGCCUGGAUCUCCUCCCGAUCACCAAGUCGGCAGGAGAUGAGAGUGGUUUGUUCGAGCUGUAUGUCAUGCACUCUCGUGGAGUGACGUGCCUGAACAUCAAGAAGGAAGAUCUGGGGUGGACCACCGACAAUAAAAUUGUCCGUCCGAUCAAUGCUCUGGAGGAAGGUUUUAUUGACAUCGCUGAGCUGCAGACCUUCCCCACCUACGUGGCGGAUGAGCCCUCGGUUAAUGGUGAUGCGGCGCCGACUCCUACGAAGCCUGCAACUAAGGAGAUUAUUAAGAAGACGCCUGAGCUCAAUACUGAAGCUGCUGUCGGGGCUGGUCCUAGUACCUCUCGCGUGCAGUCUCCCACCAAGGCGCCUGCCAAGAAGAAGGAUGAGUCAAUCGACGCUCUUUCUGCCCUUAGCGGUGUCGAGAAGAUGGAGAAGAAGAAAAAGAAGAAGGGCACUCUUCCAGGCACGAGUGAGCCGUCCGUCAAGGGCAAGGAACCCAUGGCUUCAAAUGAAAUUUCAUCAGCUGAGGUUCCUGCUCCCAUCCAAGGUUCUCCGGACAACGAGCCGGCUAUUGAGGAGGCUGCUAUCACCUCAAGCGCUUCUCAGCCAGUGCCUCUUGUUGCACCUACUGCUCCCAGUAUCGGCCAUGAAGACUCAGCUGCUAUCUUGAACAAGCAUCUGGAGGUGAUUCAAAACGGCGUUUCUUCCCAAUUCACUAAGAGCCUUGGCCGUGAAUUGGAAGGCCUUUACACCCGCUUCGACGAAGAGCGCCGCAACUGGGAUGCAGCCUCGGCAGCGAAGCAGGACCAGGUCUUGCGCCUCGUUUCCAGUACUCUCUCUGACAACGUGGAGAAGAACCUUGCUCGCAUUGUUUCGAACAGCAUCAAGACGGAAGUUGUGCCUGCUUUGACUGAUCUUACUGCCACCGCCGUCGGUAAGCAGCUUAACACCGUGGUACCGCAGCAGCUGGGGUCCGUGGUCCCUCGUGAGGUGCGACAAGCUCUUCCCGAGGCAGUCACUCGUGCCUUGCAGCAGCCCGAUUUGAUGAAAGUCUUGUCGGAUGCGGUGGGUCAGAAGCUCGCUUCUCGUGUGGAAAGUGAGAUCUCGAAGGCCAUGCAGAACACGAUCACUCCGGCAAUUAAAAAUGUUGCUGUGCAGACUGCCGACAAGGUUAUUGGCGGUAUGGAGAAGCAGAUGCAGGCCCAGUUGAAGCAAGUGGAAGCUCAGCGUCAAAGCGAUGCCGCCAAGAUCGACCAGCUCACUUCGCUUGUUCGUGGACUGUCCGACACCGUCGCCUCGCUGGCUGCAGCCCAAAGCGGUUUGCAGAGUGAGGUUGCGAAGCUCAGCCGUGCCCUGGCCUCCAAAGAUAAUGCCGUUGAGCAUCAGCAUGCACAACAGCAACAGCCACAGCAGCCGACCGCUCCGGCUCGCAAUGCCCCUGUUGAUGCGGCAACUCCUGAACAGAUUGAGUUGCAAGAGAUUGCGCAUUUGAUGAGCCAAGGUCUCUUCGAAGAGGGAUCGGUCAAGUGGCUGCAAUCGUCUCAGCAGGCAGACCUGUUCGAUAAUCUCUUCGUCCGCAUGAACCCGUCCUACCUGACCAGUCUCUCCCCCAUCGUGGCCCUGUCUGUGGGUGUUGCUGUGACUUCGUCCUUGCGGACCAACCCCAUGGAGCGUUUGACCUGGCUGGAAGUAGUUUUGCAGACGGUGAACCCAAUGGACCCUGACAUUCGUGAGGUUGCUCCUAAGAUUAUGGACAUCCUUAUUCAACGACUGGAAGCGCUUUACAUGUCGGUGGCCGAGAACUCGCCACAUGAUCCUAUCAUCCGCAAGAUUGCGCCAUUGUCACGUCGUGCCAGACUUCUGCGAGGAUGAAUAUCUUCUCGUGAGCCUUGUGAUUCAAGCCUACUGCUGCUAAUGAAUAAUGUAAUUCCUAUGGGGAUGUUGAUAAAAAACAAGGGGGCGAAUGUAAUGUCUCGCAACUUGAUUGCUUUUUCGCUUGAGGAUUGAUGACUACUUUACUUGGUUUAGCAAUGAAAAACAUGAGGAAAUGAUGAGGAUGGUAGAUUCAUUACUUAGUAUCUAGCCUGAUCCGCAUAAUAUGACGAAUGACGAGGCAUUGCAGC